UGCCCGCAGCCAAGAUGGCGGCGGGCGGCGUUUCCGGGCGGCCCGGGGCGCUGCCCUGAGGCGGGCGGGGAUGGCGGCGGGCGGCGGCUCCCCGAGCAUCGUGGAGUUCUUCGGCGGGGAGGAUGGCUACCGCUGCGGAUACUGCAGGAGCGACACCGGCAACCUGUCGCACGGUAUGUGGGCACAUUCGAUGACAGUUCAAGAUUACCAGGAUCUCAUAGACAGAGGAUGGCGAAGAAGUGGAAAAUAUGUCUACAAACCUAUCAUGAAUCAAACGUGUUGCCCUCAGUACACCAUAAGGUGCCAGGCUUUGCAUUUUCAGGCCUCCAAAUCUCACAAGAAGGUUCUGAAGAAAAUGUUGAAGUUUCUUUCCAAAGGAGAUGUUUCUAAAGUAGCGACUGAAGAGGAGCCGAUGGAUUCGCACACAGAGGAUGCGGCCGCGAGUGACUUCCCGUACAAGAGCGAGUCUCACGUCAGUCAGUCUGAGCUGACUCCCUUGGCUGUGGAUCACUCUGAGAGGGUGCAGAACGAAGAGGAGGACUCAGGGGAAGCAAAACAAGAGGUGAAGGUGCAGCAGGUGGGAUCGGAUCCUCUCCAGAUCUGCUCAGACAAGGACGCACCAGGCCCUGGGGAACCAUCGCACUCGGCUAAAGUUGUUCAUGCUCCACCCAAGCCAGGGAAAGGGGCUGACCUGAGCAAGCCCCUGUGCCGAAAAGCAAAGGACAUUCGGAAAGAGAGGAAGCUACAGAAGCUCCUCCAGAACCAGAAGUGCCCCUUAGAAGGCUCUCAGCUUCCAGGAGGAGAUCAAGCUUUCCUCUUGCAGAACUCCAAACCUAGAGCAAACCAACCUAAAAGUGUUGAAGACUUUGUUCUUGUGUCUUUACCCGAGGAUGCACGGCACAAAUUGGAGGUGAGGUUAGUACCUGUCUCCUUUGAGGACCCCCAGUUCAAAUCAUCCUUCAACCAAUCUGCCACUUUAUUUGCCAAGUAUCAGAUGUCUGUACACAAGGACACACCUUCUGACUGUGGGGAAAAUGAGUUCACACGAUUCCUGUGUGAUUCUCCUCUGGAGGCAGAGCACGCCCCAAACGGACCGGAAUGUGGCUAUGGAUCUUUCCACCAGCAGUACUGGCUGGAUGGGAAGAUAAUUGCUGUUGGUGUCAUUGAUAUCCUGCCCUACUGUGUGUCCUCUGUCUACCUGUACUACGAUCCAGACUUUUCUUUCUUAUCUUUGGGAGUCUACUCUGCAUUACGGGAAAUUGCUUUUACCAGGCAGCUUCAUGAAAAGGCUCCUGAUCUCUGUUUUUAUUAUAUGGGUUUCUACAUCCAUUCGUGCCCCAAAAUGAGAUACAAGGGUCAGUACAGGCCCUCUGACCUGCUGUGUCCAGAGACCUACGUGUGGACGCCGAUCGAGCAGUGCCUGCCCCUGCUGGAGAACUCCAAGUACUCUCGGUUCAAUCAGGAUGAAAAAGCAGUGGAUGAAGGCCAUGUGAAGGAGCUGGGCAGGGUGAGGGUGCUUCACAAGAGGACCGUGAUGCCUUACAGCGUGUACAAGAAGAGGAGGAAGGGGCCAAGCGACGAAGCCAACGUUCAGCAAUACGCCAGCUUGGUUGGACAGACCUGUUCAGAGAGAAUGCUGUUGUUCAGAAGUUGAGAAGAUCAUUAAAUUGGCGUUUCCAUGGCGCUACAUUUUAUUGCACUGCCACUGGGUGAUACGUACUGUAGUUGUGUGUUGGUGUGCCCACUCAAAUAGCAGCCUGAAAUACAGGUAUCUAUCCAGGCUUAUGUGAGUCCAUGGUACUGUGUAUAAAGGCCAACUCCAAUAAAUCCUACAAUACAGCAAGGCUUUAGCAAUAUAAGUUUAGAAAAACAUGCUUGCAAUAUAUUUUAAUUAAGUAGUUCUAGCCUUUCUAUGCAUUAUGAAUAAUUCUAAGUAUCUAAGCAAAAUGAAACAACAGGUGUCUUUUUUCCUUUUUUUUUUUUUUUUUUUUAUUGUAGAGGCAGAGGUUGACUAAAUCUAGAUUAGCAGGAAUUAAAUUACAAAUGUUUUCAAGUAGCACCUUGGCUAUCUGUCGUUAAAAAUUGCCGUGAAAUUUACGCUCGCAUUUGUAUGCUCCUAAAAUCUUGCAAGAGAAUUGGAACAUGCUGUUACUUUCUAAUGUGAAACAUGGCAUGGUUUAAUUUCAUUUCAGUAAUAUGUUCUUAAAAAAAAAAAACAGGAAGAAAUUAUUUUCACUGCACAUUCUCCAUUUGUUCAAAGCAGUAGGUUGGUGUCUGAGGUCCUAGUGAGUGUAGGAGUUCGUGGUAGGUUCUCAGUGGAAGGGGGUGCAGUGCUUUGGGAAACCUUCCCCUUCAGAGAAGAAGCAGAACAGUUGCACUAUAAAUAUACCAAAGAUAUGCAGCCAAGUGGCACAGUGUUUUUUGGUAUAAGCCUUAUCCUUCGUCUAAAGAGAGUGGGUAUUUUAAUGCACAUCACUGAUAUGAAAUAGAGCUUGGGAGGUUUAUCCUGUAGCUCUCAGUGCACAUUUCAGAACUAUGCUAAAAAAAACCACAAAAAGACAUGAGGUACCACUGCUGGGUUUUGUUGCAAUUUUUUUUUUUCUGCAGAACUGUAUGGGAAGUCUUAAAUAUCCUGUUCCUGCAUUUUUACUGACUGUUUUGUUUAAGGUGCAGCAGCUCAUGAGUUAAAAUCUUUAAUAACAUUUUAGCAAAUACUUCUGUUGUAAACACAGGAAGUUGUGAUCCUUUAUGAAAGCACUUUAUUAUCUCAUACAGAACGUUGUCUGUGUCCCUAUCAAGUCAUACAGGUUGUAGGAAUUUGGGGAAAUAACACUGUUGUAUAAUUCAGUAAUGUAUUACCACAUGGUAACGAAACCAAUGCAUUUGUGUUCCUUAUCUUCUGGGAUAACAGGAGCUGGUAUUUACCUUAAAUCAACCUGAAGUUUCCUGUUAACCUUUGAACAAAGAUUCUUAUUGAGGGAUGUGUGGGUGGUUUUCCCCAGAAAGGAACCAAAUUCAGUUUUACUCUCUGAGGGUUACAUCUCCUCUCAUUCAUGGCCUUGAUUGAAUUUUAAACACUUAGGCAAUUUUAUUAAUCAUUAAAUUUUACAUGGAAGAGACAUAAGAAUCUGGGGAAUCAAGUGCAUUGCAGAUUUAACUUUUUCCCCCCAUAUCUGUUUGAUCACUGUAAUAUUAUUGAUAUGGAGUACAGCUUCUACAGUAACUUUAAAAAGGAAUUUUAUUUUUUAUUAAUUGGAGUGUAUUGUAUUGAUCUACUGCCUGUCUGCAACAAAACUGGUCAUUCCUCCCAGCAUCAUAUCUGGUAUGUGUUUAUCUGUUGCCUGGUACUGAGAAGUUUCUGUACCAUCCAGUUUGUCCCUGUCUUACCUAAACCUAUUACUGAUGAAGAUUAUUAUGAAGAAUUCCUUUCUGUGGAGAAAAAUCCUCCUGCCACUCAGUGACUUGUCAAAAAGUGUAACAUUUUCUGCCUACACCGUGUGCUGAAAAGCGGUGAUGCCCACAUGGCCUGCAAGAAAAAUAAGUGAGAAAACCUUUUUAGAUGAUACAAAAUUGCUUAAGAGGCACUGAGAAAUUCCAGUAGGACUUGCAAACUCUUAAAGAUUAUCCAAACCAUGUAAUGAUGGCCUCACUGAGCUCCUGCAGAAGUUUCUGUUAAAUUUCGAGGGAGCAGAACUUAAUGUCCCCGCCGAGAGCUCUUGGAGAGCUCCAUCGUUUUGUGCCCGUAUUUGUUACUGAUAUGCCUUGUAUUAGACUUUUAUCUGAUGCUCCCUUUCUCCUGGGGAGCUUUUAAGGACUGCAGCUGAAGAAAAGUGAGCUAGACAAGUAUAAAACUGAAAAUUGAGUGCAGCUUGAGGAGUUGCCCUUGGUGUGACCACUCGAGGCAAACGAGCAUUUUUCUGUGAAUCCUGAAAUGGUGCUUUCCCUUUUGUGACUCCUCUGGAACUGCAGCACCACGGCAAACUGAGCUUCUGCCUCUCCCACAGCCCUAAGAUGUAUUUAUAUUUUAAAAAAAAAAGUCAACGUUGAGAUUAACUCAAACAUUGAGUCCGCCUGUAGCUUGCUGAGAUCUGACUCACUUUGGUGUUGUUUUAGAAGGAAACUGGUGCAGUGUUUUUAAGGACUGAUACCUCUGUCCCUGUUCUAGGAGGGGGAUGGAGGUUGAGGAUGAAGUUCUGUAAAUUUUGCCAGUGACUUCAGCGGAGCUGAAAAUUACAGUUUCAUUUAGGACGUUGUCAUUGACAGUUAUUGAAUUUAGAGAUAUUUAAUUUAGUACAGACUAUUUUGUAGGAGGUUUUUUGGUGUAGCUAGUCGGUGAGAAUUAAUCCCCAACGUAAGGUUGCCUUGUUCUAUCUUCUGUUGAUAAAUGAGCAUUAAAUGGUGGUAAGAAAAUGCAGAGUUGUGACCAGUGUUUAAAAAAAGACCAUUUUUUGUUUUAAUUGGAAAUAAGUGGGGAGCUUGCUCAUUUCCAGCAGCAACACAUUUCGGUAAAUGCAAAAGAACCCGCAUGUUGAGUUUGGAAUUGCUUUUCAGCAAGGCCUGUUUGACUUGCAAGUGUAGAAAAUAAAGUUAUUUCCAGUCUCUGUGAAUUAUUACAAGAA